GACAGCCCGGACUGGCAGGGCCGACGGGCACUUCGGGACCUCUGGUCCUCAGGCCAGAUGGGCCGGGCGUCACGAAGGCCCGCUGCAGGCCGGGGUGCAGGGCCUCGAGGCACCGCAACCCGCCGCCUUCCCGCCCAACAGAGGCCCUGACUUAGCAGGUGCUCAUCACCUGCCAGACGAAGCGGAGGACCCUGGCGGCGACAGACCUCAGCCCUCUGCCCUCCGCUGUCACCUCGGCUCCUCUGGCCCAGCGGAGAGUGCAGACUACCGGGCGGACGCAGGGCCAGGGGAGAGGGCGUUUCCUCCCCCGUGCUGUUCUGUCAGGAGCCGCCUCUUCCCUGAGAUUUGA